AUGGAGAGUAGAGUGGAGGAAGUACUGGUGGAUAGAGAGGAGGAAGUGGUGGAUAGAGAGGGGGAAGUAGUAGAUAGAGAGGAGGAAGUGGACAUUAUCCCCGAAGAUGCCACUUUAUAUGCAUUGGCCUAUGACCUGUUCGAUAAAGCCAUGAACGGCCAGUGGGAAAAAGUUGUGGAGGUCUAUAGAUCAUCAGAGAAUGCUUAUGAUUUGCGUAUCACCAAAAUGGGGGACACUGCUCUACAUUUUGCUGUUUCGGAUGAAGAAACAAAAGUUGUGCUGGAUUUGCUGGAGAUCAUUGGAGACAAUGCAUUCAACAUAUUGAAGAUAAAAAAUAACAAAGGCAACACACCUCUGCAUUUAGCUGCUGCACUUGGGGAUGUGAAAUUGUGUCAUGCAAUGGCCAUCAAAGCCAAAACACUCGUGUCGCUUCGCAACGAUCAGGACGAGACCCCUCUCUUCUUGGCAGCUCUUAAUGGCAAGGAAGAGGCUUUUGUUUGCCUUCAUUCUCAUUGUGGACCAGAUUGCUAUUCAUUUAGAGCAAGGAAUGGUGAUACCAUUCUCCAUGCAGCUAUGUCCGGUGAAUACUUCAGUUUGGCAUUCCGCAUAAUUGAGCGGCACCCAAAACUUGCUAAUUCUUUGAAUCAGGGAAGUUUAUCACCCCUGCAUAUUCUAGCCAAUACUCCAUCAGCAUUUAAAAGCAGUAGCCGCCUUACACUGUUGGAUCGUCUCAUAUACCAAUGUUUGAUUGUUGAAGAGCUAAAAGGGGGAAAGGAGGACGAAAUUAUUAUUUGUCCCCUCGAGAAAAGAGGAAGAAAUAUCAGCAAUACGGGUUCUGAAUCUCAUCAAGCAUUAACUACGAGAGAAAAUAAAACCGAAGAUGUCAGAGAUGCAGAGAAUCCCCAACAAAAUAGCAGCUCAAACUCAAUGCAAGGAAUUUCGAGCAUACAGAAAAUCCACGAAGAGAAAAGGAAACAUAAAUGGGCUACUCAGGUCAUGAAUAAAUUGCUUGAUCGUACUUCUUCAUACAGGUAUGCACAAAAUCCCAAAGAAACUCGAGCAAUAGAUGAAGCAGAAAUUAGACAAGUUCCUAAACCUACCGAAUUAGAGGAGGAAAGUGGGUUUACGAUCGCGAGUACAAAUCCAAGUGGUACAAAGAGGAAGAAGGACGAAAACGUGGGAGAUAAGAAAAUGAAAAGGCAGCUGAUGACACCAAUAUUAAUUGCAGCAAAGAUGGGAGUGAGCGAAAUGGUGGAGAAAAUCCUAAUAAAAUUUCCAGUGGCUAUUCACGAUGUGGACUCAGAAAACAAGAAUGUUGCGCUCCUGGCAAUUGAGAACAGGCAAUCCCAUGUUUUCAAGUUACUGCUGAAGAAGAAAUCAAUCGCAAGCUUGUUACGUCAGGUGGACAACAAAGGCAACAAUGCAUUGCAUCUUGCUGCUAAAUGUGGAAGUUAUCGGCCAUGGCGUACUCCAGGUGCGGCACUGCAAAUGCAGUGGGAACUCAAGUGGUAUAUGAUUGUCAAAAACUCCAUGCGACAUCAUUUUGUUCGCUACAACAAAGAAGGUAAGACCUCAGAGGAGAUCUUCACAACUUCACACAAAGAUCUUCAUAGAGAUGGCAGUAAUUGGCUCAUCAAAACCUCUGAAUCAUGCUCUGUCGUUGCUGCUCUCAUUGCAACAGUUGCAUUUGCAACAUCAGCAACUGUACCAGGUGGACUCGAUAAAUACGGUGAACCGGUUUUCGAAGACAAACCAGCAUUCAAUGCCUUCACCAUCUCAUCGCUGCUUUCUCUUUGCUUGUCAGUAACUGCCCUGGUCUUCUUUCUUUCGAUUAUUACGUCUCGAUACGAAGUACAUGAUUUUUCCAGCAGCUUGCCUCGGAAACUUUUGCUGGGUUUAACAUCACUCUUCGCAUCUAUAGCUUCCGUGUUAGUCUCAUUCUGCACAGGGCAUAUGUUUCUCCUUAAUCGACAACUGAGACACGUGGCAUAUCCAUUAUAUGCAACAACUUGCAUUCCGAUUACAAUAUUCGCGCUUGCCCAACUGCCCCUCUACUAUGAUCUCAUAAAGGGAAUCUUCACGAAGGUUCCACAACAGACCUACUUGGAGUAACAAGGACUCGAUCAUUUAUUGGCUUAUU